GCCCCCCAUCUAGAAAGUCCAACCGAUGAAGAUUCGAAACGACUAGAAUUUCGGAGUUAGACCGCGAAUCUACGACACGAAUCCAUGAUUCAUUCAUAAAGUAGGUGGUGCUAUAGUAGCACUGUGAGACUGGAAUGAUAGUGAUGUUUAUCUCCGUGAAAUUCACUGAAAUUCAGAGUAUGAAAGUCCAUCUAUCGUUUCGAUGAUCGAUGUCUUGUCACGAAAGCUUCAAGUUUUCGAGAUCCAAACCUCGCGCAAACUCGGACCCGAAGUGCUUAGCUUCCGUGGUGCGUACCCGCAUCAAAUGAGACAAAACACGCUCAUAUUAAUACAAGCGUGGGCCUUCUUGGUGAGCUUCGAAAUCGGACUCUUAUCUUCUUUGGAUUUGUGCCACUUGUAAGGAGUAUUUCGAAUUUUCGUUGGAUCAUAUCCACUGGCAAAAGGUGUAAAAACUUGAAUCUUUCGUU